UUUGUAAGAGUUUAAUAAAUAAUAUUGCAUAAAUAUGUCUGAUAUCAAAGAAGAAAAACAAUAUGGUUUAAUUUUAUCUAAAAAACAACAUAUUACUCCAAAGGUUAACAAUAUAUUUGGUGAUAGUAAUGAAUCGGAUGAAGAAGAUGGUACAGAUUGGGUUAAAAAAGCUCUUCAGGCAGAAGGAGAAAAAAACAAAAUAAAAAAACAAAUAAAAUUAAAUAUGCAAAAAGCAUUGAAAGAAAACCCAACAAUAUUUCAAUAUGAUGAAGUAUAUGAUGAUAUAGAAAGAAAAAAAGAUCAAUUUAAAAUUACAAAAGAUGAAAGAAAGAAACCAAAAUAUAUCCAAAAUCUUUUGAAAGCUGCUGAACGAAGAAAAAAAGAACAAGAAUAUAGAAUAGAAAGAAUGGUUCAAAAAGAACGAGAAGCAGAGGGAACAAUGUAUGCAGAUAAAGAAAGUUUUGUUACUUCUGCUUAUAGAGCAAAAUUAGAAGAAUUUAAAAGAAUGGAAGAAGAAGAAAAUAGAAUGGAUAAAUUAGAAGCUAUUGCAGAUGUUAAAAAACAACAAGAUAUGUCAGGAUUUUAUAGACAUUUGUAUGUGCAAACUAUUCAAUCUUCAGAGAAAUCUGAAAUCAAAAACAAUAUAAAUAAUGAUGAAAAUGAUUUAAAUACUAUAACUAAAAAGACAGAUAUUAGUGCUAUAAAUAAAGAACAAAUUAAAAAUAAAGAAAUAAAAAAAAAUAGACAAUAUAGACAAAGAAGAGUAGAAGACAGUGAUACAGAAAUUGAAAUUGAAGAAAAAAUGGAAAAUAAAGUAAACAUUAUUUUACCUGAAAAGCGUAAAAAUAUUGAAAAAGAAACUGUAGAAGUAGAAUAUGAUGCUAAAAGACAAAAGCAACAAACUGAAAAUAUUAAACCUGAAGGAAAUCUUAAUGAAAUUAAAAUAGAAAAUUUCAAUUCAAAAAAUAAUAAAAUAUUAGAAAAAUCUGAAAAUAAUGAUGAAAUCGAAAGAAAAACUAUUAGUUUAAAAGCAAAAAUAGAAGCAGAAAAAAAAGAACGAUCUAAAAUUUGGGAAAAAAGAACAAUUGGUCCUGAAUUUGAAGCAGCAUUGCAAAGAUAUUACUCUAGAAAAUCUAUGAGAUUGUCAAUUGCAUAAUUUAACAUAUUUAUAAAAUAUAUAAAAGUAAAAAGUUAAUACUUAAAAAGCAUUCAGCAGUAUAUUAGGAUUUUAUAUAAUUCUGAUAAAAAAACACAUUUAUAAUAUAAAAUAUAAGAUUUUUCUUUUUAAUGUAAUAUGUAUGUAUGUAAUAAAAUAGUUAAUUAAAAUAUUGUAUAGAAAUUGUAUUAAUGAUACACUGUAAUCUGGAAAAAUGUCUGUUAUCAAUAUUAUAAUAUAUAAAUUUUUAUACACAAAAAUAAAUGAUGGCACAUUAUGGUUACAA